UUUUUUUUUAACUAUUUUUUCUUUCUCUCUCUCCUUCUUAUCCAUCUUUUUAUUUCAUAUGCAAUUCUCAAAGGUCUUACGUGCUGGUCAUCAACCUAUGAUUCGUUUCGUCGGAUCAAGACAAGCUCUUUGGAAAGAAACUCCUCCUCAUCAUGGUCCUCAUCCAUUGACACCUGCCAAUCUAGAAAAACAUGUACCAAAACCCGAACCUGUUACCCGUUCUACUGCUAAUGUAUCUUCUUCUACUGGUGGUAGUAUUGAAAUGAGUCAAUUGCCUUCUCGUUACAAGCGUUUACCUUUGACUGAUAUAGAAAUGGAAGCCAUCGAUCUUGGUGGUGCCAAUCUCAUUUACUAGUUUUAUCAAAUAGAUUAGACUACGUUUUUGCCCAAUAACACUCUUCAGUUUAUCCCUUCACUUUUUUUAUCAUCACGCAUAUACAUAUCUUCCUCAGACAUUGUUAUUUGUAUUAUUUUUAUAGCUAUACUCAAUAAAAACUUAUUACAUAUUUCAUUUACAUGA